AGUGAGAGAGAGAGAGAGAGAGAGAGAGAGAGAGAGAGGUAGAAAUAGAGGACUUUUGUGUUUCUUCCCCCUCCCCGGCAUCAUGGAUUCCCGGAUCUAUGGCGGCUCUCCGACGAUCCUCUUUUUCGUUCUACUGGUCUCCGCCACCGGCGUCCGCUCCGCAUUGCCGAAGAACUUGGUCUCCCGUUCCACAUUGCCAUCAUCCGGCUCCGGCCAGAUCAACUCCAACUCCGUCCUCGUCGCCCUCCUUGAUUCCCACUACACCGAGCUCGCCGAGCUCGUCGAGAAGGCCCUUCUCCUCCAGAACCUCGAGGACGCCGUGGGCCGCCACAAUGUCACCAUCUUCGCCCCCCGCAACGAAGCCCUCGAGCGCGAUCUCGACCCCGAGUUCAAGCGAUUCCUUCUCGAACCCCGGAAUCUCAAAUCCCUCCAGACUUUGAUCUUAUUCCACGUGAUCCCCUCCCGGAUCAGCUCCGAUUCCUGGCCGAUAUCCGAAUCCGCCCGCCACCGCACCCUCGCAGCCGACCACGUCCACCUCUCCGGUGGCAGCGCAGCAAAGCAGGUCGACAUCGCCGCCGUGGUCUACCCGGACGCGGUGAUUCGCCCAGAUGGCGUGAUCCACGGCAUCGAGCGCCUCCUCGUCCCCCGAUCUGUCCAGGAGGACUUCAACCGCCGCCGUACCCUCGCCCCCGCUCCCGCCCCCGGCCCCGGCUCCGGCAAGCACUGGUUCGACGGCGAGAGCCAGGUCAAGGACUUCAUCCAGACCCUCCUCCUCUACGGCGGCUACAACGAGCUCGCCGACAUUCUGGUAAAUCUUACGUCGUUAGCGACGGAGAUGGGCCACUUGGUCUCGGAGGGCUACGUCCUCACCGUCCUCGCCCCCAACGACGAGGCGAUGGCCAAAUUGACGGCGGAUCAGCUGAGCGAGCCGGGAGCACCGGAGCAGAUCGUGUACUACCACCUGAUCCCGGAGUAUCAGACAGAGGAGAGCAUGUACAAUGCGGUGCGGCGUUUCGGGAAGGUGCGUUAUGACACGCUCCGUCUCCCCCACAAGGUGGUUGCGCGGGAGGCUGACGGCUCCGUCAAGUUUGGCCAGGGACAGGGCUCCGCAUAUCUCUUCGACCCGGAUAUCUACACCGACGGCCGGAUCUCCGUCCAGGGCAUCGAUGCCGUUCUUUUCCCGCCGGAGGAGGAGACUCCCGCCGCCGUCGCGCCGGCUGCCGUCAGGAACACCGUCAAGGCCGCCAAGCCAAGGAGAGGGAAGUUGUUCGAACUUGGGUGCCAAAUGCUUGGAGCUUUGGGUCAGCGGGCUCGUUUCACCAGCUGCCAAUAGAUAAAAGGUGCAUCAAACGGAAGGUAAUUCUCAAGGAAAAGACAGGUGUAGCCUAGUGCAAAUUCUUCACGUAUAACGCGGAGGAUGGUUUAAAAGGAGUUUUGUAUGUUAAGUACUAGAAAGCAGAGGUGUUCAUGCGUGUAUAGAAAUGUCUUUGUGGGUUGUCAAUUGGCAAUAAUCAUAAACGUGCAUAGAUAAAUUCUUUUUACACCGUAUGAUGUGAAAUCAACUAUAUUCUACCUUAGUACUA